UGCGGUGUCACUUGACGCUCAAAUCCCCUCACAUGACAAAGCACAGCAACAAAUCCCUGACCGGCAAAAAGAAGUAACUUACUUCCCUAGAAAUAAAAUAGAUUACCGCAAGACACUGAAGGAAACGGAGCUGUUAGAGGUUUUAACAUGGACCCUCUUGCUGUUAAGAAUCUGACAGGGUUGGUUGCAGCCACUUUUACACCACUAAACCCUCAAGGUGAAAUCAACCUAUCAGUGAUUGGACCUUAUAUUGACUACUUGAUAGAGAAGCAAGGUGUAAAUAGCAUAUUUGUGAAUGGCACCACCGGAGAGAGCAUGUCACUCAGCGUUGAAGAGAGGAAGACACUGGCAAAUGACUGGUGUAAGAAAGCCAAGGGCAAAAUGGAUCACGUGAUCAUACAUGUCGGCUGCAUGAGUCUCAAAGAUUCCCAAGAGCUGGCUAUUCAUGCAGCACAGAUUGGGGCUGAUGGAAUCGCAGUCAUUUCCCCUUCCUUCUUCAAGCCCCGCAGUGCAGAGGUGUUGAGGACGUUCCUCCAGGAAGUGGCUUCAGUCGCCCCAUCUCUGCCCUUCUAUUAUUAUCAUAUUCCAGCCAUCACCGGUGUUAACGUGCUGGUGAGAGAUCUGUUGGAAGAUAUCGAGAAGGUCAUUCCCUCUUUCCGUGGUGUGAAGUUUAGUGGGAGUGACUUGAUGGACUUUGGUCAGUGUGUCAGCUACAGUCAGCCUCAAUGGUCAUUCCUCUACGGCAUGGACGAGCAAUUGAUUGCAGCUCUGGCUAUGGGAGCCAACGGAGCGGUUGGCAGCACAUAUAACUAUAUAGGAUCUAAUAUGAAUGAGCUCAUUUCAGCAUUUGAGAAAGGCAACAUCGCCAAAGCGAGGACAAUACAGUUCAAAAUGCAAGAGCUUCUCAGUUUUGCCAUGAAACUUGGCUUUGAUCUGGGGGUGAACAAACAGCUGAUGUCUGUGGUGUCAGGCUUGUGUCUCGGGCCCCCUCGACUCCCAGUGAUGCAGUGUUCUGACGCUCAUGCUCUGUCCAUCGCCGAGAAACUUCGGAGACUCUUUCCUGAACAUUGAUAUGUUCACGCUGGAUUGUUGAACCCUGGAAAUCUCUCAAUAACCCAACACACUUACCUAUUUCAAGCAGCAAAUCUUAUUGUUAAAUAGGAUGGGAUCAAAACACUUAGCUUUUUUAAAUGUUCUGGAACAUUUAGCUAUCGUAGGGCAUCACAGAGGUAUGUGCUCUUGAUUGAACAUACUACAGUAUUUUUAUGGGCAUUAUCAGUUGAUAUUAUUUUCAUGAGAUGGCACAUUCAGUCCUUCCUUUUGCUAGGGAAGAAGCCGCUACCUAUCAGUGAUCAAAUGUAUAAAAUGUGAAAAUAACUUCCAUUUCAUUGCAGAGGGGAAAUGUAGGAGUUUUUUUUGUUUUGUGUUUGCUACAACUGUUAAAAAUCAGCAGUGUUAUCUUGUUAUCUUGUACGACCAUAGCUAUAUCUCUUUUGAAGAACUUGAACACUCUUGAGCCUUAAACUCAGACAUUAAGCUGACUCCAUCAGGUGGAGAAUAGCGAAGAUUGUUUCAAAAUUUCCAACACUCCAUUAGAAGGGAGCAUAAAACACUCACAGAUGAAAUUGCACAAGUUGUUGUUAAAUGUAUAAGUUCUAGAUAAAAAAGAGAAAUGUACUGUGCCACGAAGAACCUUUGAUUUGUAUUAUUGUAACACGUAAUCAUCGAUUUCUUACUAAUAUAAAUGUAUUGAUUUUUGAGUU